CACCGUCCUACAUUGUGUCAAUACUGAAGUGAUUUACGCAGGAACUUUUUUUCGCCUUGCAAUAAUCAUGUUUUAGUCUAACGUGCCGUCAAUUUAACAUUUGAAUGUUACCAAUUCGAUCAGUGUUACGCCGUUCUAUCUAAAAUAUGUUAUUGAAAUUAAUUAAAGUCUCGCCCAGUACACGCAGUGCAGUGCAGUUUUGAGUUCCACCGCGUCAUAAUGUAAAUGAAGAAUGGAAGACAGUGACAGUAUGAACAGUACGGAGUGGGUUGAGAUUUUGAACUCUAGUCUGGCCAAUCUGAACGGGAUACACGCAGCGGCGGGGCUCGAGAUCUUGUUUCAGCCAGACGUGGUGCUCGUUGCUCUUUACGUGCCCCUCAUCCUGCUCUCGCUACUCGCUAACGUGCUGCUCAUACUCGUUGCUAUCAAGUGCAAUUACACCAAAAGCGUCACGAAUAUCUUUCUGGUGAAUCUCUCUGCAGCAGAUCUUCUGGUGACGGUUGUAUGUAUGCCUAUCCAGCUAAGCAAGGCUAUCACCCUCGUAUGGUACUACGGACAGACCAUCUGCAAAAUAUUUAACUAUAUACAGGGUGUUGCAGUGGCGUCUAGCGUGUUUACUUUGACCGCAAUGUCCGUAGACCGCUGGGUGUCAAUCGCGCCAGAGCCGAGGCUGCGCCCUCCAGGACGCCGCCAAGCAUUGCUGCUGUCGGGGCUGUUGUGGACCUUGGCAGCACUUAUCUUUAUACCUCUUGCUUUAGUUGCUUUCGUGCAAACGGAGUCAGUUCCAAUAAUAUCACACACACGAACGAACAUUUCGAUAGAAACCAAAGAGGUUCAGUUCUGCACUGAGGAGUGGCCCAGCGCCGGAUCUCGGCAACAGUUCGGGGCAUUCAGCUUCACUCUGGUUUACGCCAUACCAGGCUGUAUAACAAUUAUGUCAUACGCAUGUAUGGGGCGGACUUUGUGCUCGGUGCGGCCGCCAUUCGAUAUUGACGAGGGCAAUAUCAGUAUGCAACAGGGGCUGAGGCUGGUUCGUGAGCGCAAGCGAGUGGCGUGGAUCCUGUUGUUGUUGGCUGUGUUGUUCGCCGUGUGCUGGCUGCCUUACAACAUACUGCAGCUGCUGCUGGACGUCAACCUGCUUUCCACCGCCGACCUCAGCUUUUAUCUGCCCUAUGCGCUUUUUAUAGGUCACGCGAAUUCUGCCAUAAACCCGAUCGUCUACUGUCUGAUGACUCGCAAUUUCCAGCGCUCUCUGCGCAAGCUUCUUUGCUCGCGAGGGGUCUGCCAACAAACCAAAUUCACGUGGCGGUGCACGCAAAAACCGGAUGGGUCUUCCAGCGAUUACGAACUUUACCAUGAACCUCACAAAAGGUGUUACUUACAGAUGAAAUCUUUGCGUUAUGGCUGCGGAGGAGCUGGUGUCGGGGCAGGAGGAGGGGGAGUGGUGGUAUCCAGGGCGGGGGAUGUUGGGAACACGCGCGCUCAGACGCAGCUUAGUCACGUGACGCGAUCGUCGCGUCGCACGGCUCCUGCGCAUACCCUCUCCGUGGAGAUGCUGCAACGACAUGGACCUGUAGACCUCAAAUAAAACCCACGAUAUUUAAACAACUCUGGGUUGCUGUUGACAUUUAACAUUAAUGCUAUCGUUUUUUAAUUAAGAUAUGAUUUAAUUUAAAAGACUAUAAGCGUCGUAAUGAUUGAAUAUUCUUGUUUUCACAGAUUUUUGGUAAACGUUACAGUAAUGAAUUUCAUUCUCAGGGUAAUAUAGAGAGAGCUAUAACAUGAAAGCUUUUAUUAGGCAACCCCAAUUGAUAUUUGAUUUUGGUAAGCAGGAAUUAAGUAAUGUAUGAUCUUUUAAAACUGUACAAAUAUUGUAAAUAAACAUGUAAAUUUUAUAUUGAUCAAUAAAUUAUUACAUUUUAAGUAA